UAUUAUAUUUAAUAUUUACAUUGUAUUGCAAAAAACCCCAAAACAAGUUAAAAUGAAUUAAUGAAUAUUGACUAAUUAAACCUUUGUUAUUUUUCCACCAGAAAUGGAUGAUAUAAUUAGAAGAAGUGUCCUGAAUGACGAAAAAAAAAAGAACUGGAAAAGAUACACAACUUUGUGUGCAUGUGUCACAAUGCCAGGAGGACCCAUUCAGUGUUGUGUUAGAAAAAUUGAAGUCAUUAACCCUUCAUGGACAUUAUAAAUGUUUAAAUGUGGCCUCAGGUAAAGACAGGAAAAGAGACUAUUACAAAUUCAACUGCAUCAGAGCUGGAAAAAAAGGUCGAAACAGCUACAGAGCAGUGGGCUGUAAGGCCUUUGUUUCAUUUAAAGUACUCAAAUGUUGGAAAGACCACACAGUCAUCGUGCAGCGUACAUAUGAUAAGCAUGAUGGGCAUGAUCCUUCGGACCCAAAAGACGAACAUUUCAACAAUAUUUCCAGUGGUUUGAGGAGGAAGAUUGAGGAACUGCUUUCCCUUGGAACUAAGCCAGCCAUCAUACUAACUGAAUGUCAUAAAUGGGCCAAAGAACAUGGACACAGAGAUCUUCACAACAGAGAGCAUUUUGUCACACCACGUGACAUUGACAGUGUUAGAACCUGCAUGAUGAGGAAGAAGCACUUUAACUGUGGAGACAGUCAAAGUGUACAUACCUUACUUAAUGGAAAACAUCAAGAACAUGUUCUCUUCUAUCAACCAUACACAUCUGACCAAGAACUAAUGAUUGUUGUGCAGACACCUGUAAUGAAACCAAACAUGGAGAACUAUGCAAAACAGUUAGUAUUUGUUGACACCACGCACUGUGUUAACCAGUAUUCAUUUCCCUUAUUCACACUUGUUGUAAGAGAUGAUCAUGGGCGUGGAGUCCUUGUGGCCUAUGCUAUUGUCAGCAACGAAAGUCAGAAAACCCUGGAAACUGUUCUUGGAAUAGUUUGUGAGCAUUUCCCAACUUCCCCGAGAGCAUUUAUGGUUGACAAAGACUUUGCGGAAAUAAAUGCUUUGCAGAAGGUUUUUCUAGAGUCAGCUAUCCUUCUAUGCUGGUACCAUGUCUUGCAGGCUGUUAAUCGAUGGCUUUCAAAAUCAGAGUCCGGGGUCCAUGGGCUUUCUAACACCCAAAAGAGAAAUGAAAUCAUUUCUUUCUUUGGAGGAAGACUUUAAAGCCACAUCAGCAGAGUUUUGCCAGACAUUUAAGCAAUACCCUUUGGUGUGCCAGUAUUUUCAGAAGCACUGGGAAGGCAUUGGCCACAUGUGGUGUGACUACGGCCGUCGCUUCAGUCACGCUCGUUCUGAAACAAACAAUGUGAUUGAAAGAUUUUUCCACCGCCUGAAAUACCAGUUUUUAUCUGGCUACAACAAUAGGCGUCUGGAUGAUCUAAUUGAAGUGCUCCUAGGGAAGGCCGACAACUACUUCUCAGUCAUAAAAACCCUGCAAGAUGUGGGCCGCAUGAAAAACCGGUUUGCUGACACCUUGUCUCAAGUUUCAGACUCUACUUCAAGACUGAUGAAAAGUGGUUGGGCUCUUAAAAUUACAGUCAAGAACAGCCAUGGAGUUAAUGCAUAUCAAGUCCCAUCUGAGUCAAGAGAAGCCAUAGUGUAUGAUGUCUGCCCUGUUGAGUCCUACUGCAAUUGUACAUAUGGCUUACGAGGACUUCUUUGCAAGCAUCUAGUGUUACUUGCAAAAUUAGCAGAGGUUGACAAUGACAUCUAUCCAAACAUGGAAACAGACAUUUCUACCUUGGCAAGAAUUGCAGUGAAAGAAAGGCAUUACUUUGUACACUGUGAGGACUUGAAAGUGAUAAAAAUGCCAAGUUUGUUUGGAAAUCUGUUUUUUUGCAUCGGCUGAAACACUUCAGUGCACUUGUUAUACGUUCUCUCACUAUAACACAUGUGCUUGCCUG